AUGGAGCACAGCGACGGCGACCCGGCCGCCGGACAGCUCGACUUGCCCGCGGGACCCGGGCAGCAGCAGGAGCGGCCGCAGGCAGCGGAGGGGGAGGCGGAGCCCGAGGAGGAGGAGGCAGUAACGGUGAUGGCGGCAGACGCCGAGCACAUCGAGAUGGGACCCCCGCCAAUGCCAAGCGCUGACGAGGCCGCCGCCGCCGCCGCUGCCUUCGCAGAAGUCACCACAGUGACAGUAGCCAACGUGGGGGCCUCUGCAGACAAUGUUUUCACCACAUCUGUGGCCAAUGCAGCUUCAAUUUCAGGACACGUGUUGUCUGGGAGAACAGCCCUCCAAAUUGGGGACAGCUUGAACCCUGAAAAAGCCACUCUGAUAGUGGUGCACACGGAUGGCAGCAUCGUUGAAACCACCGGGAUCAAGGGGCCUUCGGCACCCCUCACACCAGGACCACAGUCUCCUCCUACCCCUUUGACAGCUGUCCAGGGGAAAAGUGGAACCAAGUACAACUGGGACCCCUCUGUGUACGAGAAUGAGCUCCCGGUGCGGUGCCGGAAUAUCAGUGGCAUUCUGUACAAGAACAGGCUGGGCUCAGGAGGCCGUGGCAGGUGCAUUAAGCAAGGGGACAACUGGUACAGCCCCACAGAGUUCGAAGCCAUGGCGGGGCGAGCCAGCAGCAAGGACUGGAAGAGGAGCAUCCGCUACGCUGGGCGGCCCCUGCAGUGCCUUAUCCACGAUGGGAUUUUAAAUCCCCAUGCUGCCUCGUGUACUUGUGCUGCUUGCUGUGACGACAUGACACUGAGUGGCCCUAUACGACUCUUUGUGCCAUAUAAAAGGCGGAAAAAAGAAAAUGAAAUACCUGCAACUCCAGUGAAGAAGAAUUGUUCCAAAAACAUCACUCUGCUUCCAGCCACUGCUGCAACUACAUUCACCGUGACUCCCUCUGGACAGAUCACGACCUCCGGGGCACUGACCUUCGACCGGGCAUCCACUGUGGAGGCCACGGCCAUCAUCUCAGAGAGCCCAGCACAGGGAGAUGUUUUCACUGGAGCCACUGUUCAGGACACCAACGUCCAGCAGCCUUGCCGGGUGUCUCAUCCAGAGCCUCACUAUCCCAGUUACCAGGACAACUGCCAGAUCUCACCUUUCCCUGAGGCUGCACUGCCAACGUCCCAUCCCAAAAUCGUGUUGACCUCUCUGCCUGCCCUGGCAGUGCCCCCCACGACGCCCACCAAAGCCAUGUCACCAUCGGUGGUGAACAGGCUGGAGGUGACAGAGCAGCGGAGCUGGCUCUACCUGGAGGAGAUGGUCAAUUCCCUACUCAGCACAGCACAGCAGCUGAAGACACUGAUUGAGCAGGCCAAGCAGGCCAGCUCCUCCUUCCGUGAGGCCGCUGUCACACAGGCCAAGAUCCAGGCUGAUGUGGAGAGGAAAGAGCAAUACCAGAGCCAGUUAUUCCAACAAACAGAGGAUGUGGAUGGGAAGACAGAAAUCAUCAUCAAGCAAUCCUGUGUCAACUGCGGACGGGAAGCCACCAACGAGUGCACGGGAUGCCACAAAGUCAACUACUGCUCCACGUUCUGCCAGCGGAAGGACUGGAAGGACCACCAGCACAUCUGUGGCCAGUCAGCCACAGUGACAGUGCAAGGGGAUGAGGUGCACGUCCCAGACAAUGUCAUGGAGAAGGUCACCGUGUGAGCGCUCUACCUCCACAGCCGUUCAUGGAUAUGUGGGGCCGGCUGGAUCGGCAACCAGCAGGAACGGUCUGUCCUGUGCCAACAGCACUCUCCUCACUAGCAGACUCAUUUUUCAUUGACUUUUUGAUACUGCGACAGCAUCUGUCUAUUCCUAACCCCUUUCCAAAUCUUUGGAUAAUACAGAGACUUUGAAAACCUCAUCUGAACCCUCUCCCUUCCAUCCCAGCCCUGACUGGCUUUGGGAGGCUUUGCCUUUGCCUGACUGGGUCCUCCACCAUGUGGAUUACAGCAGUCUCCUCAUCUCUCUUGAGAUGGAUCUAAAGCAGGUGCUGCAAGGAGAUCUGCCAGUGCUUCCUCCUACUGGGGUCUCCCUACCUGUCAUUAGAGAAGAGAAAUGAAUCUUUGGUUUAAUUGCCUUGAUAAAGUCGGUACAAGUUCUUAGUCUGGCAUUGAAAGAAUUUUUGUUUUUCCUGUGUUCCCUCUGUGCUGGGCAAAU